AUGGCGGGUGAUGAAGGGCUUCAGGAGUUCCUCGUGCUCUUCGCUCAUCACAACAUGUAUUUCAAUAUGAGGUUCCAAGAGCUCGAGGCACUGGCAGCACUUCAAGGCAUCUUGAAGCCUGAUCUUUACGUUGAGGCGCCUCCCUCGGCGCUGAAUGCUUCUCCAGCUGUUCUGGUGCGCAUGCGCCAGGAGGAUGCUCGAAAAAUUUGCGAGCGAGCUGUACUGGUGAAGGCCGUGCUGGAAGUCUGGUCUCUCGGCCACAGCUGCCCGGAGGCUGUCCAGACUGCGGUUGCUCAAGGUGAAGCGGUCCGAAGGCAGCGCAGGAGAUUCUUGGCACCUCCCUUGAAGUUGCAGCUUCGUGUUGAAGCUUUUGGUCGAACAUUGACCGUGGAGGAAAAGACCGAGAGUAUGGAAGGCAUUCGCCCUUUGUUUGAUGGCGAUGAGGUGGUGGAUUUGAAAGCUCCUGACACAACGCUGUGGGUCCUGGAGGAGCACCGCCACGAAAGCGUAGAAAAGACACAUUUGGGCCCGCGAAAAUGCAGGCCUGAGCGUGUGAUCAUUGGUCGCCAGGUGGCUGGGGGCCGCAGUGUAGACAAAAAGAUCAAAGGUGGAGAGAAGUGCUACUUCCAGCUAUAUGACUUGUCUCAACGGGCCGUUUUGGGACCUACAACCCUGGAGAAUGAACUUGCCUUUAUCAUGGCGAACUGCGCAUGUGUACAGUCUGGCCAGUUCGGCAUGGAUCCUUUCUGCGGGACUGGAGGCCUGCUACUUGCUAUGGCCCAUUUUGGUGCGAAGCUUUUCGGGGGAGAGAUCGACAUUCGCGUCGUCAGAGGUUGGAGGAUUGCCUACACCAAGAACAAGGCAGCGGUCCUGGAGGCAGCACAGAAAAGAGGCUUGCAAAGCACGAGCCCAAGCGCCGCCAAAGCCUGCGGCAAGAAACCAGCUGAGAGGCUCGAAGCUUCGUCUGAAGCGGAUGGAGUGAUGACUUUGCAGUACCUGCUCAAGCUUGGGCUUCCGGUGCAGGGAGUGUCUGUGAAGAAAUUGAAGCAAACAAAUCCGAAUGCCCGUGCAGAGAAGGACCAUGCUCUUGCCAGUGCUGGAGGAUGCAACAUCUUCACCAAUUUUGUGCAGUAUGAUUUGCCAUCUCCGGAUGUCGUCGUUUGCGACAAUGCAAUGCCUUGCUGGAGACAGCCAGCUGGCGGAUGGCUUGAUUUUAUCGUGACUGACCCACCAUAUGGUGUUCGAGCAGGUGCAAAGAAGCAGGGCCGUGAGGGGAAGGAGGUUGUCGUGCAGGACGUCAGCAGCUACAUCCCCUCCAAGGUCUCCUAUGGAGAGGAUGAACUAUCGCAUGAUUUGCUGGGCUUUGCCUCAGAGAGCUUGCGAGAUGGUGGUCGCCUGGUCUUUCUUGUGCCUGUCGAUUUGGCGGAUUUCCUUGGCAUCGAUCGUGCAGCUGUCGAGCAGGGCGUCGAGAAUCUCAGGCCCAACAUGCAUGACAUUUGCCAUCCGAAGAGUGGGCGCAAGAAAGACCCAAGGCUCUGCAUCUCAGAAACAACGCGUGAUCCUUUGCUGCUGGAUGAGACACGCUAUGUUGACUUCAUACCACAACAUACCCACCUCACGCUGAUGAGUGCGUCUUUGCAGAUUCUGAGCGGCGGAUUGGGUCGACUGCUUGUCGUCAUGCAACGGCGACCGCGAUGA